AUGCGGUUCCUAUGCCUUCAUGGAAUGGGCACCAACAACAAGGUGUUCGAGAUCCAGACAGCCGCGCUCCGAUACGCGCUCGGGGACCACCAUACGUUUGAAUUCGUAGAAGGGGUGGUGCCCGCGGCUAUGAACGACUCACUCAAAGGAUUCUUCCCCGCCACCGACGGCUACUUCCAGUACUUCGAGGAAAACGACGCCGCCAGCUGCUUGAAAGCGGUGAACGACUUGGAGGCGUUCGUUGCAGUGGAAGGCCCCUUUGAUGGAGUCCUUGCGUUUUCUCAAGGCGCAUCUGUCGCGACGACCUUGAUGGUGCGCAGCCAGCAGCGAGACCGGCCCGGUGAUCUGCUCAGUCCUGUGUUCAAGUGCGCCGUCUUUUUGGGGGCGGCGGUUCCCUGCGAUGCGGCAAGGCUCGACGAAGGCGUAGUGCGCGAGAUGACGCAUGAAGCGGAUGGGGAAGUAAUCCAACUGCCGACUACACACAUCUGGGGAGAAAAGGAUGGUUCCCCCUACCCUCCCCAACUUGCGGCUCUAUGUGCAAGCCGCCAGAAGAACGUUUAUGUGCAUGGAGGGGGCCACGAAGUUCCCAGCUCUAAUACGGAUGAGGCGCUGAGAGAAAGUGUGCGGGUUAUCAAGCGCGCCAUAUCCAUGGCGCAGUAUAAGCAAGCAUAG